CUCUCGCUCGCUGGCUCGCUCUCUCCUCGCCCGCCGGGUGCUGAAGUUGGGCGGAUGGCAGCCGGGCGGCUCGGCUAGAGGACCGGAGCAGCUCAGCCCCGCGCCCUGCGCCCUGCGCCCCGGCCCAGAGCUGCCCACACCUGCGGCGGCUGCCAGCCCAUUGGGAACUGAAGUAGCUGACAUGCGCAAAAGGCAGCAGUCACAAAAUGAAGAAACUCCUGCAGUGUCGCAAGCACCCGGGAACCAGAGGCCCAACAACACAUGUUGUUUUUGUUGGUGCUGUUGUUGCAGCUGCUCCUGCCUCACUGUUAGGAACGAAGAAAGAGGGGAAACUGCAGGACGACCCACGCUUACCACAAAAAUGGAGAGUGUCCAGGUCCUAGAGGAAUGCCAGAACCCCACUUCAGAUGAAGUCUUGUCUUGGUCUCAAAACUUUGAUAAAAUGAUGAAGGCCCCGGCAGGAAGAAACCUCUUCCGAGAGUUCCUGCGGACAGAAUACAGUGAGGAGAACUUGCUUUUCUGGCUGGCCUGUGAAGACUUAAAGAAAGAGCAGAACAAAAAGGUCAUUGAGGAAAAGGCCAGGAUAAUAUACGAAGACUACAUCUCUAUCCUGUCACCCAAAGAGGUCAGUCUCGAUUCUCGGGUUAGAGAGGUGAUCAAUAGAAAUUUGUUGGACCCUAACCCGCAUAUGUAUGAAGAUGCCCAACUUCAGAUAUAUACCUUAAUGCACAGAGAUUCUUUCCCAAGGUUUUUGAACUCUCAAAUUUACAAGUCCUUUGUUGAAAGUACUGCCAGUUCAACUUCUGAAUCUUAAUUUUCACUCAAAGAAAUUAUUUUGAAGGACUGGGAUGGAAAAUAAAAGUAGUUCAAUCACAUCUGAAACUUGAGUUCCAGAACUACAGUUUAGCA